ACCUGAGACAUAACCUUGACAUCUACCCACGCGCUAUCGCCUAGCCGCUAUUACCUUGCUUCCCGCUCGUUGCCUGUCUCCUACCGCAUCGUUUCGUGGCAAAGCGCGCCCUCAAUCCUCCUCCAUCCCGUCGCACGUCCCAAUAGGGCAGUCACCACUUCCCACCAUGGCUCCACAGCCGGAAAAGAGCCAAUUGAAGCGCGCUCUCCAUUCCGCCGGAGAGGAAGUCACCGAGAGCAAAAAGCAGCGCCGCGCCGAUGAUCAGCAGACGGACCAGGUACACCCCUCGACUCCGCUGAAAACGACCAACGCUGCUUUCCCGUCACCUCUUACCCACAAGGACACCACCACCACAGCCGAUAACCUAUCCAAGUGUGGCAUCCCAACCCCUCCUAGCCAGGGUCAACUCUCGACUACAUCUGGUGGCGCAACCGCCAGCUCUCCAGCCCGCAAUGGAAUCACGUCCCCCCCCGAGGACACCCAGCCGUACUCGCAAUUCGUGUAUCCCCCAGGCCCUUCGUACGAGGUAGAAGAUGAGGAGGGCGAGGGUGUCUGGGGUUAUCUAGUACCGGUGGACAAUAUUUUUGGAGAUUCAUUGGUGCUGCGCAAGCGGAGUGCCUGCCCUAUACCUGGACCCACAGCUCUGCCGAGCGGCAAGCAGAGCGUACCGCGGAAAGGUCUUAAAAACCAAGAGGAGGAGUAUGAGAAGAAGAAGCAGCAGGGAGAUGCUGUGCCGGCUGGAGGAUACUUAAUUGGCAGGCAUCCAGAGUGCGAUCGCAUCAUCCAUGCCCCGACAAUCUCCAAUCGGCAUUGCCUUCUCUUUUCUGAGAACAAAGAUGGUGAGAUUGUGGCCGUCGCUGAGGAUCUCUCGGCCAAUGGAACAUUCAUCAACAACUCCGUCAUCGGCCGGAACAAACGUCGCGAAUUGAAAGAAGGGGAUGAGAUUUCCAUCGUCGACGAGGCCCGUUGUGUGUUCCGCUAUCCUCGCGGUGAUAAAAGUACGCAUGGGUUCAGACACCAGUACACCAUACAGGAGCAGCUUGGCAAGGGGCAUUUUGCCUCGGUCUAUCUCUGCGUUGAGAAAAGCACUGGCAUACGGUUUGCUUGCAAGAAAUUCGAGAAACGCACCGGAGCUCAUGAGCGCUCGAGGGUCGAGGGCUUGCAACAGGAAAUUGCUGUUCUCAUGGGUGUCAGCCAUCCGUCACUACUGUGUCUAAAGGAUACUUUCGAUGAAGCCGAUGGAGUCUACCUUGUCUUGGAACUUGCGCCAGAAGGCGAACUGUUUAACUGGAUUGUCAUGAAGCAGAAGCUGUCUGAAGCAGAGACUAGGAAAGUGUUCGUGCAGCUAUUUCAGGCUGUCAAAUAUUUGCAUGAACGUAACAUCGUCCACCGUGACAUCAAGCCAGAGAACAUUCUUUUGACAGACAAGGAACUCCACGUCAAGUUGGCGGACUUUGGUCUCGCCAAAAUUAUCGGAGAGGAGUCUUUCACCACAACCCUCUGUGGAACCCCUAGUUACGUCGCUCCCGAAAUUCUUGAAUCUGGUAACCACCGCCGCUACACGCGCGCCGUGGAUGUCUGGUCGCUAGGUGUUGUCCUUUACAUCUGUCUCUGCGGAUUCCCGCCUUUUUCGGAUGAGCUGUUCUCUCCAGAGAACCCUUACAGUCUUUCGCAGCAGAUCAAAAUGGGACGCUUCGACUACCCAAGUCCGUAUUGGGAUUCUGUCGGCGAUCCGGCACUGGACCUGAUCGAUCGGAUGUUGACUGUAGACGUCGACAAGCGUGCUACCAUCGACGAAUGCUUGGAACAUCCAUGGACGCGCAACGCUGUCAACACCCCACUGAUAACUAGCUACGACUCUACAGAUGGCUUGACUGGAGCACUGGGAGGCCUGGACUUCUCGAAGCGCAAGCCGCACAGGGAGCGGACGAUGUUAAGUGAAAUCAACGAUGUCAGAGUCAGCCGGAUCAUUGAACUGCCGCACGAGGUCCCGCCGGUGAAGGUGUACGAGAAGAACCCACGAGCCAAUGGAGCCCACGCCGAUGGCAAGACUGCCAGCCCCCAGAAAGCCAAAGCUAAGGCAGGCACUCCCAAGGGCAAGAAAGAAGACGUCCCCGCGGAAAACCGAGACCCCGAAGAAUUCAUUAAUAUGGGCGGGAAGGGUGAUCAGCCACUGUUCGGAAAUGACAAUAGAAGUAUAUACCCUGGCGACCCGGCUUGAACGAGCUGACGCCAGAGCACCGAUGACGAGACCGAUUGGCCAGCUAAGAGUAGUGCCAAUUACAAUCAGACAAAACCCGGACAGACUGGACUGGGCGGGGGGUAAUGGCGAAAAUAUAUGGGUCACGCGUUUUUGCAGUUCUACGGGUCAAAGGGCAAGGAGAAGUGGUUCCUGACGUUCUUGUUUCUACCGUUAUUCUUCUAUUUCUAUUCGCUAACCAGUGUGAGCUUGUACAAGUCGGCGCGCUUUUGGGGGUUUGUCUUCGAAUGCCGGGCGCCCCAGGUUUUUCUCAAAAAGCUAUGGCGGCAACGCUGUUGCAAAUUGGAGAUGGUGAUCAUAUUUUUAUAUCAUAAAUACUGGUAGGCCCUAAGGCGUAAUGGAGUACAAGUGGCUAGCGACUACGGCAAAUUCCGUGGAAAUAAUGGAAUGCCAUGGCAUGU